UUGAGUUGUUGUGGUCGAAGGCUGCACUUCCUGCUUUACAGCGUGAAAUCAAGAAACUGCGGCAGUCACCGGAUGAGGAAAAUAAGAGAAAGUGAAGUCUCCAGUAAACCUUUGUGCUCCAGUCAGAAGGAUCAAACAUGGUGCACGUCUACAACUGCCACCCCUUUGCCUCGCAGCAGAUCGUUCAGGUGGAGCAGGAACCUGGACUGGUUUGCUGUGGAGGCGGAGCCCUGUUCGUGGUGGCCUCAGGAGGAUGCAAGGUGGAGGCGUACAGCCUGGAGAGGGAGGGCUGCCCCCUCAUCUGUCGGUUUGCCACUAUGGGCACCGUGAGGAGUAUCCAGCACAGCAACAUAGGAGACUACUUGGUAACUAUUGAGGAAAAGAACAGCGCCACCUACCUGAGAGCCUACACCAACUGGCGCUACCAGGCGGAGGAGAAGGCCCGUGUCGGGGUCCGUUUACUGGGCCACUUGCUGCGUGGCGCGUCGGUGUGGGGYGGAGUGCAGGCGGAGAUCAUCGAGAUCCCGCUGUCGGAGCAUCCCGUCGCCGUGACGUGUUGCCCCGCGACGGGAGACCUCCUGGUCGGCUGCGAGAACACUCUGGUUCUUUUUACCCUGCAGAGACAGAACCAGCAGAACCUGCAAAAGCAGAACCAACAGAACCUUCAGAGCUCCUGGCCAAACACUCAGCAGAGCUGCAGCCAAAGUCAGGGUGGCGCUGUGUGCAGGGUAUGUGGCGGUGCGGACAGAGCUGGAAGUCCUGGUGCUGAAACUGGAAGCAACAUCUGAGCCAACGACCGUAGAAGAAUCCUCUGAAACAUUGAGGAAUGAUUAUCUUGAAGACCAGAGUGAAUUUCUGCUCAUUCCGAGACACCAGGAGCUUCUGGGUGAUCGAGCUAAAGACUGCGACAUCCCCGUCAGCAUGGAAGGAACUGGACUGGAGGACAGGAGACACUACACACUGUCCUAUGUCCUGUUCAGGCGGUUUUCUCCAGAGUUCUUUCAAGGCUGCAGCGUGGAGGAGAUGCARCUGCACUCACUGCUGCUUUACCCACAAUUCACCAGCAGCCAGUCGGCGUCUGUGGACGAACCUGGGUGUGUGUUCUGUUUCUUCUCGCUCCCCACCGCCGGGUACCUGUACAGUCUGAGAGGUGGGGUGGAGCUGCUCUCUGCCUAUCAGUAUCCAGACAAAGUGCUGGAGGCGGUUCUAACAGACCAUCUGUUGCACGUCAUAACCAAGAAUGCAUUACAGUCUUUCACAGUGCGAUGUGCAGCUGUAGCAGCCAGGAUUGAAGACCCCUACAUUGACACCACAAUGAAGGCCUGCCCCCCCUGCAGUCUGGAGGUGUGUGCGCUCAGAAUGCAGUUAUUUAUUGGUCUGAGGUCGGUGUGUGUCCACGGCCGCCGUGUCAUCCUUCUGUCCGCCGCCGAUACCGAGACUCCCGAGGAAACUGAACGCGUCCCUCAGCGCAGGUGCCUCGAGUUAAAAGAACACAACAUGCUGACUGGUAUUUUCCUUGCGGUGGGAAUCGAUCCCGCGACCUCACCCGCUCUGGAGAGCCUUCUGUCACGCCCCUUCCUGAGCAGAAGGUGGGCAAUGUCCUCCCCCAAAGAAACCAGUAAAGCUGGACAUGGAUGGAACCUGUACGUUCUGGACACCGUCUCGCCUUUCACUCUCUACCAGGAGAUGAUUGAGUACAGCCAGUCGUACACACUGUCAAACCCACAAGGCCAAAGUCUUCGACACCUCCUCAGCGAAGCCCACCUCCUCCUCCGCGCCUCCUUCCUGCAGUUAUCAUCGCAGAAGCGGGAAGAUGAAGGUGACGGAAAGACGGCAGCUCAGAUUGACAGGCGGGAGCUGGAGGAGGCGUUCAGACAGAACUGUGCUCUGCUCGGAGACAGUUUCAGCAGGGGAAGUCAGAAGGACUGCCACCUGGCGUUGCCGUACUACAGGAUGUCGGGUCUGUCAGUCACUGCAGUCAUGUCCAGGAACCGCCCACUUCCAGACAGCCCUGUCUCCUAUGGUCCUGGCUUCCUGUUUUAUCUCAAACAUUACCUGCUAGAGGAAACAGAUGAGUGCCUCAGUCAGGAGGCAGCUGAUGAGGUCUUUGACGUUUUCAGCCAAUCGGAGCCUUCGCUUCUUGUCCACGUCUGCGCCAGCCCGUGCAUGGCGGGCAUCAGCGCCACUCGGACGCUUAAGGUUUUACAACGUUUGGAGGACACGGCCGGGGUGUCGGUACCUCUGACCAUCACCAUGGCGACCAUGAUGCUGCGCCUGGGAGACCAGCAGCAGUACACGGCGCUGAUGGAGCGGCACGCUGAGAUGCUGCUGGUGUAUGGGUUUAUCGAGGAGCCGAGGCUGCUGCUUUAUGUUGGAGCAGGGAGCAAGAACGAUCAGGUCAGACCCACAGCGUUGGCUCGACAGCUGGCAAACUCCCAACCCGGGCUCCUCGUGGCUGCCAUGGUGGCUUUACAUGAGAACAGCAAAGUUCAGCUGGAGCAGGCGGAUCACACAUUUAAG